ACGAGACCUUUCCCAACAGCAGCGAUCCAAGACCAAAGCUUCAAAAACCGCUCAACACCAACAGGCAGAAGGGUAUAUAUAAGCUCAGCACAUGGGCGGAGUAUCUUAACACCAGCCCUCUGCCAUGAACUAAAACUUUGCGUUACCGUGUCGGCGAGGUAGAAGCGAAACCUUUUUAAGCCCGUCCAGAGGAACCGUGGAACUUUAAAGAUCUGGCAGACUUUGACACUUCACGCUGCACGCACACACAUGGACAGGAUUAUCUUCUGCUAGUUCGCCAGUUGGAUCCCCUUUGCGUGACCUUUCGUCGUCUAGUCUUGGGGCUUUCAGUUGGGUCUGGAUGGAGGCAGAGCCGCUGUUAGGUGGGAGCACAAACCGGGCCUCGGUAGAUUACGGCACUGGAGAUUCCAGUCACUCUGAUCCGGGCUCGCCAAGGACGAGAGGAGCGUCCUGUUCGGUGACGGACGACUCCUGCCGCGUUGAAGACCAUGAUGAAGGCCUCUAUAUCCAGCAGGCAGUUGUAUUCAUAGAGGAUGCCAUUCAGUAUCGGUCCAUCAAUCACAAAGUUGACUCUGGAUCAUUACGGUUGUACAGAUGGUACUACUCCAGAAUUUGUCAGUGGGGUCUUGGCCUCACCAUAGCUGUAGUUCUGGCUCUGGCCUUUGUGGAAAAACCCUCCUCCAUCACUUACACGUCGGACCCCCGCUUCAGACCUGACCCCUGGGAGCCCCCGUGCGGCCUCACGGAGGCCAUAGAGCUAAUCUGUCUCUGCAUCUUCACCCUAGAUGUUGCUGCGAAGAGUUAUCUGAUUGGAUGGGAUGAGUUUUGCAUUAAUAAAUGGCUAAUUGGCUAUGUGUUGAUAAUAGCAGCAUCAGUAAUUGACUGGGCGAUAACUGUUUCUAUGCUGUGUCAUGAGACCAUACGAGUCAGACGACUAAUUCGGCCAUUUUUCCUCUUGCAAAAUUCCUCCUUAAUGAAGAAAACUCUAAAGUGUAUUAAGAGGACUCUUCCAGAGAUAGCAAGUGUGAUCCUGCUCUUAGCGCUCCACCUGUGCUUAUUCACCAUGGUCGGCAUGCUGAUCUUCCCGAGGUCGGAGGACAAGGAGAAGAACGGAGAAUGGGAAGCCUACUUCAGAAACCUCCCCCGUGCGUUGUCCUCGCUCCUGGUGCUGCUCACCACUGCCAACAACCCUGACGUGAUGGUCCCUGCAUAUUCUUUGCACAGAGGCUAUUCUAUAUUUUUUAUACUUUUCAGUGUAUGUGGAACCUACAUCUUGAUGAAUUUACUCACUGCUAUCAUAUACAACCAGUUCAGGGGGUAUCUUCUGCUUUCAGUGCAGACCUCCAUCAUAAGGAGGCGUCUGGGUAUCCGAGCUGCAUUUGAAGUACUGUGCUGCCAGGGUCCAAUAAACGGCAGUAGCUCCGAGGACCAUGUAGAAAGGGUCCACGUGCCUACCUUGCUGGAGAUCAUGAGGAAAGUGAAGAUGAAGUCUUACUAUAGACAAGCGAUCAUGAAGGCUGCUGAACAGGUGCCGGGUGGUUUUAUUGAUGGUGAGGCAUUCCAGAGGUUGUUUGAUGAAUUGGACAAGGAUAUCAUCAAAGAGCACCCACUGAAGCCAGAAUACAGAUCUCCAGUCCUACAGUGGAUCCAGAAAAUUGGAAGCCAUUACUAUCUCACUGUGGUGGGAAAUGUAGUAGCCCUGGCCAAUGUGCUCUGUAUCUCUACCAUCUUGGUUCUGGAUUCAGAAAAAAUUGUAUCCCAGAGGGACGACUACUACAUGGAGGUCAUCAAUUGUACUUUCAUCCUCUACUACCUUAUUGAGAUGGUGCUAAAGAUGAUUGGCUUUGGUUGGAAAGGUUACCUGUCUUACAGAAAUAACAUCUUCGACGGGGUCUUCACUGUCCUUCUGUUGGGUCUUCAGAUCUCCAUUUUCGUCACAUACAAAAUUUCAUAUGAAAACCCGACGCCAGCUCAGAAGGGGGUGAUAUCCAUGUGGGAGAUGGUCCGACUCGUGAACAUGUUCAUCGUCUUCCGCUUCCUCAGGGUCAUCCCUGAAAUCAAGUUGAUGGCUCUGGUGGCUAGCACUCUCGUGGACCUUGUCAAGAACCUGCGGGCUUUUGCAGGCAUUCUGGUGGUGGUGUACUACGUGUACGCGAUUAUCGGAAUGUGGCUCUUCCACGGAGCGAUUCCUGCUCCAGCAGGGUCAAGCGGGGAGAAUAGCACAUCCAACUUCACCAUGGAGUGUGGCUCCUAUGAGCAGCUGGAGUACUGGCCCAACAACUUUGAUGACUUUGCUUCUUCCCUAGUCCUGCUUUAUGAUGUCAUGGUGGUGAACAACUGGCAGGUGUUCAUGGAUGCCUACACAAGAUACACCACAGAGUGGUCAAAGCUGUACUUUGUGUCCUGGUGGCUCACCUCUUCUGUCAUGUGGGUCAAUCUCUUCGUGGCCCUCAUUUUGGAGAACUUCACCUACAAAUGGGAUAAAAGCCACGCGCUUAGUGUGUCAGAUGUGGAGAGGAUGCGCUACGAAACCACAGUGCAGCUGAUGUUCAGAGAACAUGUCCAAGAGCCGACGGAGGAGGAGCUGCUGACCCAGCUGCGGCAGCACCGCCACCUCCACCUGUCCCGGUGAACCUGCACACACGCCACCUGGCCCACAGCCGCUGUGCCCUGCACGCCUGCCUGCCGAUCUGUCCUUGCGGGCAUAGAUGUGUGCACGGUUGUGGUGACCACACGUGGCCUGCCUGGCACGUCGGGGGGUGGAGGGACUGCUGCUGUGUAUGGAAUAUUACUCGGACUUCCCUUUGGAGGGGUUUUUUUUCCCUUUGGUUUUAAGUGGCAUUAGCUUGACUGGGGGAUCUUGUAUGCUGCUGGUUUCCAGGUGCUGAAAUCGGACGUCUGAACUUAUGAAAGGUACUAAUAUCAUGCCAGCCCCCUUUUUAUCCCAAAGCCUGGUGUGGUGUGUUUUUGUUUGUUUGUUUGUUUGUUUUUUUUUUUGUUGUUGUUUUUUAAGUUUUUAUAAGCUUUUAGUAUAGAAAAUAUACCAGUUCUAUUUGGAUCAGUGCCAGGAACCAGUUGCUCAAAUUGAAGUGCUCAGAUCUGGAGUUUUGUUCUGGAAUGAAUUCUUCAAGCAGGUCCUGCUCAUCAACACUUGGCAAAGAACCCAAAGUUCUUCUGUUCUUGGCCUGUAUCGUUUGAUGCGAUCCGGUCGGGGGGGCCCCGAAGACGUUGCAAGCAAACGAACCUCACGAAGUCCAUUGUGUGAAGUGUCGUAUGAGAACGGCUCCACCCUGAGCAUCUCUUAAAGGCUGGAAGGGGUUCAUUACAUGGUUCAUUACUGGAUCUGGCCGGAGCUGAAUGCUGGAAGCCCUGUGGAUCUGCGCUUCAGCCAAACAGCAGCCAGCAGAUGUCACGGGGUCGGCAGCGGCACGCUGAGGUCUGGACCCGUGCCCCGGGCUCUGCUGGGCGGCACCACUGUGCUUGUUAAUGCCAAGGCGAGGAUGAGCCUCAGCCUCUCCCAGCAGCCCGGCCACGGGGCCUCUUUAGAAAAGGACAGGUUUCCUGUGUCUAGAUGUUUCCGGUGAUGUUGCGCUGCUUAUAGAAAGCAGGGAGUAACGGCCCGGUGUGCUCGACAGGAACUGCCUGUUCUUUGAUCUCCCACCUCUAUGAGCAUUACAGCAUAUAAGGGGUGUUUUAUUUCCUCACAUCUUAAAUAAGUAAGUAAGUAAAUAAAAGAAAUAAUUCAGCCAAGGCAACAUUCAGCCUUACCACUGUAAAAAUAGAGUAAAGGUAAGGGGUCAGGAGGGCAGUUUUUCCUGCUAGUCCGUCCUCAGACAGACAGGCAUGGGACCUGCUUGGCCUUUGUCAUCAGGCAGGCAUAUUCCAAUGGGAGGAGAAUUCCUGUGAAAACCUCUUCUGUUUGCAUUUUGACUGUGUGAUUUUAGUUGCCACUGUACCCUCCCUUACUUUCAUAGGACAUUAGUGAUGUUAAUGAGACAUUUAAUUGUCUGUAAUUUAUCCUCCCUGACUCUGUAAUCAUGAUUGAAUGUCCACAUUUGUCUAUAUUUAAUAUACCACAGAUAGAUUUGUAACCUCAGCAAUAGACUGGGCUCAUGGUAGGUUUUGAAUAGUUCAAUGUAAUGUGGUGAAUUUCCUCAUAGACAUUUUACAAUUUGUGUUUAUCUGGCAAUUUGUAUGGGAAAAUCUCAAAUGAGUUCAGAGUGAUAUGAUUUAUAUCUCACCAGGACUGCUAAGGUCAUUACAGUGAAAACAGAUCAUGAUCAAAUGCUCUUCUAAGGACAGGCAGACAGGAUUUGGUGAUCCUAUAUAGUUCUGUGGAUCAGUGAAUUGUAUUUGUGAACUAGAUUGUCAUCACAGUCAGAACACUCAACACAGUCAGAUAAAGUUGUUGAAUAGUUUAGAGUUGUGUAUGAGGAAAUUUGCAUCUCUUCAGUGAUGCUCAUGCUGUCAAUAUGAAUUAAAAGGGAAAAGGCUUUCUUACAAACAUGCCAUUCAUGUCUUUGGUCACUUUGGAUAUGCAUAUGUAAGAGAAAUAAUUUGGGAGAUAAAAGGAAUUAACAGGAAUAUUUUAAAUAAUUGUGAGGGCUGAAAUCUGUAAUGUAUACCUAGUGAGAACCCCUGUUACUGUCAAAUGAGGAUUAAAGAUGUUCUGACAUAAAAUGUUUUUUUUAUAUAGUUUAAUUUGUGCUGUUUACUUUCUCUUUUUUCAACUUUCUUUUCUUUCUUGUGGUUGCAUUUAUAAUGCAUCUCAUGCACAAAUCUACACCCCAUAAUCAAUAUCAUUUAUUCUUUGUCACAGUCUAAACAAAACCUUUUUUUUUUCAUUAUAAGUAGACAUUUUGCAAAUUUUGCUGAAAUAUGCAAUUGUGCCAGUAAUGUAGAGAAUGCAGUUUUCUUUUUCUUUAUUAUUAUUAUUAUUAUUAUUUAUUAUCACUAUUAAUAAAUUGUUUGCUACUGA